CUCAGAUGCUGCGCAUCCUCAGACGUGAUUCAUUCCCUGCCAGAAAACGGACGUCUUCGCGCUUCUUACCCGCCUUCAGAGCCAAACAAAAACGGAAAUAAAGAGAAAAGCCACCAGCAGGAACUGAAUUAUUCUGCUCCGAGAACAUUUACUGACAGAAACGGUCGAAAUCUCAUCUGCGACACAGCUGCAGUCGACGCUUUCCCCUCUUUGUUUGACACGUUCCUAAAUUUAAAGAUGAAAACCAAAUUCAUCAACGGGGUUUCCUCCUCCCCGUCUAUGUCUCUGGGUCUGCUGGUGACCGAACACGCCCUGCAGGUCCAGCCCGACAUCCCGGAGGACUGCAAGGAGCUGGCCCGCCCCAGCGACCAGGCGGACCAGGACACCCGCCGAAAGGCCUUCCUGUGGUGCCGGGAGUUCCUGCACGGAGCCUGGAAGGAGCUGACCGAGGAGGACUUCCAGAUCACCGUCAUCAGGGGUGGUCUGAGCAACAAGCUCUUCCUGUGCAGCCUCCCUGACAGCCUGGACUCUGUCGGGGACGAGCCGCGGAGCGUCCUGCUGCGCCUCUAUGGGGCCAUCCUGCAGAUGUCCUGUAAUAAAGGAGAUUCUGGGCAGUCAAACAAAGAAAAUCACUUCCAAGGUGCAGAGGCCAUGGUGCUGGAGAGCGUCAUGUUUGCCAUCUUGGCUGAGAGGGAGCUUGGACCCAAACUCUAUGGCAUUUUCCCUCAAGGACGCCUGGAGCAGUAUGUUCCUAGCCGUAAACUGGACACCUGGGAGCUGAGUGAACCCAGCAUCUCUGCUGAGGUCGCAGAGAAGAUGGCCCGCUUCCAUGCCAUGAGGAUGCCCUUCAACAAGGAGCCAAAGUGGCUCUUUGGAACCAUGGAGAAGUACCUGAGCCAAGUUAUGAGGCUGAACUUCACCAGAGAGACCCACCUGCGCCGCUUUAACCGCCUGCUGGCCCUCAACCUACCACAGGAGAUGGAAAUGCUCAAGUCACUACUGGAGUCCACCAACUCUCCUGUGGUGUUCUGUCACAACGACUGUCAAGAAGGUAACAUCCUGCUGUUGAAGGGCCGACAGAGUUCUGACAAACAGAAGCUGAUGCUCAUCGACUUUGAAUACAGCAGCUACAACUACAGGGGCUUCGACAUCGGCAACCAUUUCUGUGAGUGGAUGUAUGACUACAGCUGUGAGGAGCACCCCUUCUUCAGAGCUGAUGCUCAGAAGUACCCCUCAAAGACCCAGCAGCUUCACUUCAUUGAAAGCUACCUGCGGGAGUCUGACGGCGGCUUCGACAACCUGAGCUCCGCCGACCAAAUGAAGCUGAAGGAGGAGUUGUUUGUGGAGGUGAACAGGUUUGCCAUGGCGUCCCACUUCUUCUGGGGCUUGUGGUCCCUCAUCCAGGCCCGUCUGUCCACCAUCGAGUUUGGAUACCUGGAGUACGCCAAAGCCAGGUUUGAGGCUUACUUCCAGCAGAAAAAGAUCUGGGCGGCCUAAAGGACCAGGAGCAUCGGCUGGUUUGACAUUGAGCCCACACGUCUUGAAGCGGGACGUAGAGGCCAAAAACCAUUCCGCCAUCCAUGCUUUCCUUCCACACCCCCUUCAGGGGAUUUGCUGUCUGCUGCUGACAGCUAAACUGGGUGCUUAAAGGAUGCGCCUCUGUCCGCUGCAGCUCAGAGUUUUCUCUGUGCCAGCACAGACUUUUACUAACCUUCAUCAGCAGCCAGAAGCGCUCUGCUUCUGCUUUGUUCAAACCACACGGCUAACACGAUGCUUUAGUGGGACCGCUGUGCAAAACGCUGCUAGAUUGGAAACUGACAUUGCAUCGAUGUGUGUCUGUAGAUCCUCUGUCUAUUGGAAACCAACCAAAAUGAAUCUUUGGGUCGUCUCACUCGCGGUUCGCCGUGUAUGUAGCAAACACGCGUCAGGGAGGCCGCCCUGCCUGUUGGCGACCGGCUGAUUCUGUAAACAUCUUUAAAAAAACUUUUAAAAAAAAAUUUUAAAGGAGGGCUUUGACACAUUCAGGCCAAGGACGAAACAAAUUUUUUAAAUGACAAAAAUGUGAUUAUUUUUCAGGGUGGCUUCACUAAAUGACAUGGAAUAGCAAAGAAAAGCCGUCCUGGAUAAAUUAAUGAUGAUGUAUUGAUUGUGAGCACUGUGAAGAGCUACACCAGGCCACGCUUCUGAAUGGGACAAGUCUCCCAUUGACUCUGAAUAGGCGAUGGUUGGAAAUGGUGGAUGUCACCUGUGCCUCACUAUGACCAUGACCCCAGCCAUCACUCAGCACGAUUGAGUUUUACAAAGUUGUAAUUGCAGUAAAACUCUGACUUAGGGUUCAAACGUGGGAUCCAGCUUGGUGAUGGAAAAUGUUUACAUUUUUAAAAUGAGAGAAGAAAGCUGUGACCUAUUCAACAUUCAGACAACGAAGCACCAAAAACAAGACAUCAAAAUUCCCUAAUUAUCACCUCCAGUUUCAAUGCAGUAAAUUACCUAAAUUAUUUAAAGCUAAAAGAUAAUUUCCCUUCAUGGUUCAACCCAUUCAACAACGACAGCACUAGAACCCUUUUUACUUCAAACUUGGUUUAGUUAAUCAAUUGACUCCUAUAAAUAUUCCGUUUUAAAGCUUAUUUGACAUCUUUGAAGGUGUGGUUUCAUCUAAUCAUGUUUCAGAGUAACACACUUGCUAACUAGCCUCACAAACUAAAGCUGUAAUCUUUGUACAUUUUAAGUUUCUGUCACACUAAAUAUUUAUUUCAUCGUGUUUUUUUUAAAUUAAAUCUAGAUUCAUCAUCAGUGUUAAUGUUUGCCUAAAAAUGCAGCUGGAGAACUCGUACUGCUGUGAAGACUGCAUUACAAGUAACCACUGCUUCAGUUCUGCACUUAUUGGUUCUUUUAUCAGGUCAGAGUGCCAUACGCACACACACACACACACACACACACACACACACACACACACACACACACAUAUGUCAGUGCACUGCUGUGAAUAAAAGCUGUGUAAACCCGUCAGAGGCACAUGAAGGCUGGUUUCCUCUGUGGUCAUAUGGGUCUUAUGUGAGCUGCUGCUUCAGCUGUGAAACCUCUUCAGUACUGAGCAGGACCGCCUGAAACUGGUCCCUGAACCGGGUCCUGAUCUGGAACCACUUUUAGGUGUUUGAAUGUGACACUUUUGCAGACUGAAAAUGGAUGAAAGGGUGUUAGAACUGUGACUAUGACCUUCCUGAAAGUGUUACUUUAACUGCACAUGCUGGUGAAGCCUAUUUAUGUGAAGUUUUGUCUGUGGUGGACUGAAGGGCCAUCAGCAGCUUUUACUGCAGACGGUUAGCUUCUCUGGUACAUCUCUACAGGCUGGAUUUUUCUUUUUGUACUUAUUGAGGUCAUUUUUGUAAUGCUGUUUUUUUAUUUGUCAUCUGUUCAUUUUUGAUCCUUUGUUUCUGAGUAAUGACCUCCUUCCAGCCUGUUGGACCGAGAAGCUCCAGCAGAAUUGUAUUCCCCAUUUGGAACAAACACAUCCUGUUUCUGUUCGAUGCUAAACUCACUAACAGACCUGUAGAAGAAGUUCUCGUCAAAUAAAGUCAUAGCAGAUGUUCUUUUUGUUGAGUUGAUGCUGCGUUGGGUCAGAAAUGCUCGGCAGUGACGGCUUUGCAGAAGGCGGAGCUUGUACUCGUCGAGGUGCUGGAUGAUCCUGGCUGUAAAUGUAUCGCUUUGCACAAAUAAAACAUUGAAAGUUAUAAAACUC